ACUGGAUUUAAUAGUGAAUGGUUUUUUAAACGAUGUAAAUAAAGGAACUUUGUUAAUAAUUUAAUAAUUUUUGAUUUUGAUUGUGUCUUUUAUCUAGGAAUAGCAAAAGGAAAUAAAAAAUAUUUUAUAUUUAAAAAUGUAUGUUUUGAAAAGAACUUUCCUACUUUCCACUGCAUUUUCGAAAAGGACAUUAUACAAUUCAUUGCGAGUGCCUCCAAUAGCAGAAUUGCAUACUGGAUUUCAUUCCUUUCUAACAAGGCAAUUUUCAUCAAAUGCCGAAGAGCAAGUUCAACAAGAUGAUGAAUAUCUUUCUCAAGACGCCAUAGACUCUAUAACGAAAGGCGAUAAAGAACUGGAACACAAAUUAAAAGUCAUAAUGCUAGAAACUGAUGUUCUUCGUCAAGAGGGCAGGUUAGUCCCCCCAAAUGAAUUUAUGAAACCGGAACUAUGGGCAAAUUUAUUAAAACUAUCCAGUCGGAAUGCCAGGAAAAACUACCUGGAUUUUCUCUUCAAGCUGCAUAUAAAAAAGCAAAAUUUGCGGAAAAAAGAAAACAACAUGAAUUAAUAUCAGCAGGAAAGGAGGAAAUUCCAAAAAAAUUUGCCUAUUGAAGAGCACGCUCAACAUUACGGGCUGAUGCACAAUAACAUUUUUGUUAGGUUUCAUGAUCCUGCCAUUAAUCACUUUUAUAACAGCAGGCUGAUUCAAGCUAUGUUAUUUGGUCAAAAGUUAAUCGUUGACUGUGGAUAUGAUCAAAAUAUGACUAGACGAGAAAACAGCAAUACAGCAAAACAGUUAAUGUACCUUUUCUCUGAAAAUAGAAUGCAUAAAGAACCAUUUGACCUCCAUUAUACUAAUCUAAAAAAAGAAAGUGAAAUUGAAGUAGCAUUACACAAGUACAUACCACCAAUCUAUGAGAAGGAUUUUCCUUUAAACAUCUAUCAACAAAGUUACUUAGAUCUAUUCCCGAAAGAAAAAUUGGUGUAUUUAACACCUCACUGUAGAGAAGAAAUGACCGAAUUUGAUCUUGAUGCUAUCUACAUCAUAGGAGCCAUUGUUGAUAAGACCAAUCACGAACCUAUUUCGUUGGCGAAAGCGAAACGUGAAGGCUUGAAAAUGCUAAAGUUUCCCCUAGACAGAUAUUUAUCGUGGGGCUCCGGAUCAGGCAAAAGCCUAACGAUAAAUCAGUGUGCGGCAAUUCUUCUAGAUCUUAAAGCUACUGGAGACUGGAAUUAUGCUUUUAGGCACGUACCUAGAAGGAAACUUGUGGAGUCUGAGACUCAAGUCAGUUUCAAGCCUCCAAGAAAGGACAAUAAUGGAUUUUCUUACAAUCAGCCCCCUCGAAGUAAAGAAUCUUGGAGGCCUAAAAAUUCUGAUACAAAACUUAAUAGGUCUAAUAUAAGGAGUUUAUUUGACGAAUAAAAUGCGGUUCUAUAAGGUA